CCCACCCAGCCGCACUUCUCCGUUCUCUCCCGCCCGCCGUUUAGGUCAAACGCCGCCGCCGACGCCGCCAGCCGGAUCAUGUCGACCAGCGCCAACCCGAACCCGAAGCCGAAGCGGCGGCGCAGGGGCCCGCCGAAGCAGGGCCCCGGGUCACCCAUGCCGGCCACCGUCGGGUUGAUGGUUGGCCGCGAGGUGGGCGCCGAAGGGGCGCGGAGGGACGCGAGGCAGGCACCCCCGUUCCCUAGGGUGGUCGCCACCGCGGGGAGGGGAAGAGGUUCCGGCGUGGAGGGUGCCCGCGGAGUGGAGGGUUCGGCGUCGAACGCUGGUAGGAGCGCUCACGACGCAGGUGGCGUCGACGGCUCGUACCUCACCGAGACACGGUUUGAUCAAUGUGCUAUUUCUCCACUGUCACUGAAAGCUAUCAAGGAUGCUGGAUAUGAAAGGAUGACUCGGGUGCAGGAGGCUACUCUGCCAAUAAUUCUUCAAGGAAAAGAUGUUCUUGCAAAAGCAAAGACAGGAACAGGAAAAACAGUUGGCUUUUUGCUUCCAGCCAUCGAAGUUCUCUCUGCAUUACCUCGUUCAACAUCUAUAAAUUUGCUGGUGAUGUGCCCUACCAGGGAGCUUGCAAACCAAGUAGCUGCAGAGGCCAGGAAGCUUCUCAAGUAUCAUCGCUCAUUGGGUGUUCAGGUUGUAAUAGGUGGCACACGUUUACCUCAAGAGCAACGGAGCAUGCAAGCUAACCCAUGUCAGAUUCUUGUUGCUACCCCUGGAAGGCUUAAGGACCAUCUUGAGAACACACCUGGAUUUUCAACCCGAAUUAAAGGUGUCAAGGUUCUUGUUCUUGAUGAAGCUGACCGCCUGUUGGAUAUGGGAUUCAGAAGAGACAUUGAGAAAAUAAUUGCUUUCAUUCCUAAAGAAAGGCAGACGCUACUAUUUUCUGCUACUGUUCCAGAAGAGGUCCGUCAAAUUUCUCAUGUUGCAAUGAGAAAGGAUUACGAGUUCAUUAACACUGUUCAAGAGGGUGAUGAGGAGACACAUUCACAGGUAAAUCAGACGUACAUGAUCGCACCUCUUGGCCUGCACUUCUCUAUAUUGUAUGAUGUAUUGAAGAAGCAUGUUGCGGAAGAUGCAGAGUAUAAAGUGAUUGUAUUCUGUACUACUGCAAUGGUCACGAAACUUGUUGCUGAGGUGCUUUCCCAGCUAAAACUUAAUAUAAGAGAGAUUCAUUCCAGAAAGUCGCAGUCUGCAAGAACUAAGGUCUCAGAUGAAUUCAGGAAGUCGAAAGGGCUUAUAUUAGUCAGUUCUGACGUAUCUGCCCGUGGUGUAGAUUAUCCUGAUGUCACCCUUGUUAUACAGGUUGGUGUGCCCGCUGAUAGAGAACAGUAUAUACACAGACUUGGUAGGACAGGACGGAAAGGCAAGGAAGGCCAGGGCAUCUUACUGUUAGCUCCCUGGGAAAUGCAUUUUCUUAGCACAGUCAAUGAUUUGUCAAUAUCAGAGGCCGCUACACCUUCAGUUGAUUCAAGCAUUCAGGCAGUGGUCAAAGAUGCAGUCACAACAGUGGAGAUGAAGAGCAAGGAAUCAGCCUAUCAGGCAUGGUUAGGGUACUACAACUCAAACAAGCCCAUCGGCCGAGACAAGGCCAGACUUGUUAGGCUUGCGGAAGAGUUCAGCCAGAGCAUGGGACUUGCAGUCCCGCCAGCCAUACCCAAGCUCAUUCUACGUAAGAUGGGUCUUAUUAACGUUCCUGGGCUCCGGUCCGCGUAACCGUUGUGAUCCAAAUUCAGCAGAAUUUGAGCAACCAUACUGCUCACAGCUUGGUUGUGGAGGUCAGCAGAUUGUUUUUGCUGAAGUUCAGAAGUUUCUGACCAUCCACCGGAUGCAGAUGCCAUGACUUCAACCUGCUUCAUUUUAUCUGAAGCCAAAACUUGACCGGUCCGCUAUCCACAGCAGACAGGUUCAGAUAGGCUCAAUGACACUAUUUAUUCAUAUAGCAAGUUUUCUGAAUGCUAGGGAUUCAAUCCCGGUCCAUUUUGAGAAAAGGAUGUGUAUCUGCACGCCGCGCCUCAGGCGAGACAUGCGUGCCAUAGGCACUUGUACCGCUACGUUUCAUUAUCAGAUAUAGUAUCACCACAUUUCUGUCAA